GGGCGGGGCUUCCUGUGGUUGGUUGCCUCCUGCGCGGCGAGUCAUCCAGAGGCCAGGUGAGGCCGUCCCGUGAUGCGUCGCGCUCCGGCCGCUCUGGCCUGCAACGUGUCUCUGGGGCGGAGGCAGCGGCAGUGGAGAUCGCUGCGCGCGGGUGGGAACCUCCUGUCUCUUUGCUCGAGUCCAUCUGUCUAUCGUUGAGCUCGCGUCCCGACGGGCCGCCCCAGGCCUUAACAAUGUCGUACAACUACGUGGUAACGGCACAGAAGCCCACCGCCGUAAACGGUUGCGUGACCGGACACUUUACUUCAGCUGAAGACCUGAACCUGUUGAUUGCCAAAAACACGAGAUUAGAGAUCUAUGUGGUCACUGCUGAGGGGCUUCGGCCCGUCAAGGAGGUGGGCAUGUAUGGGAAGAUUGCUGUCAUGGAACUUUUCAGGCCCAAGGGGGAGAGCAAGGACCUGCUAUUCAUCCUGACAGCUAAGUACAAUGCCUGCAUCCUAGAGUAUAAGCAGAGCGGCGAGAGCAUUGACAUCAUUACACGAGCGCAUGGCAAUGUUCAGGACCGCAUUGGCCGCCCCUCAGAGACAGGCAUCAUUGGCAUCAUUGAUCCUGAGUGCCGGAUGAUCGGCCUGCGGCUCUACGACGGCCUUUUCAAGGUUAUUCCCCUGGACCGGGACAACAAAGAGCUCAAGGCCUUUAACAUCCGCCUAGAGGAGCUGCAUGUCAUUGACGUCAAGUUUCUCUAUGGUUGCCAAGCCCCUACCAUCUGCUUUGUCUACCAGGAUCCUCAGGGGCGGCACGUGAAAACCUAUGAGGUAUCUCUCCGGGAGAAGGAGUUCAACAAGGGCCCCUGGAAGCAGGAAAAUGUGGAGGCUGAAGCUUCCAUGGUGAUUGCAGUCCCAGAGCCCUUUGGGGGUGCCAUCAUCAUUGGACAGGAGUCGAUCACCUAUCACAAUGGUGACAAAUACCUGGCCAUCGCCCCUCCGAUCAUCAAGCAAAGCACGAUCGUGUGUCACAACCGGGUGGACCCCAAUGGGUCACGCUACCUGCUGGGAGACAUGGAAGGACGGCUCUUCAUGCUGCUGCUGGAGAAGGAGGAGCAGAUGGAUGGCACCGUCACCCUCAAGGAUCUCCGCGUGGAACUCCUGGGAGAGACCUCGAUUGCUGAGUGCUUGACAUACCUGGACAAUGGUGUUGUGUUCGUCGGGUCUCGCCUGGGUGACUCCCAGCUCGUGAAGCUCAACGUUGACAGUAAUGAGCAAGGUUCCUAUGUAGUGGCCAUGGAGACUUUUACCAAUUUAGGACCUAUUGUGGACAUGUGCGUGGUGGACCUGGAGAGGCAGGGCCAGGGGCAGCUGGUCACGUGCUCUGGGGCUUUCAAAGAAGGCUCCCUGCGGAUCAUCCGGAACGGGAUUGGCAUCCACGAGCAUGCCAGCAUCGACUUGCCAGGCAUCAAAGGUUUGUGGCCUCUGCGGUCGGACCCUAACCGGGAGACCGAUGACACUUUGGUGCUCUCCUUUGUGGGCCAGACGCGAGUUCUCAUGUUAAAUGGCGAGGAGGUGGAGGAGACUGAGCUGAUGGGUUUCGUGGACGAUCAGCAGACGUUCUUCUGUGGCAACGUGGCUCAUCAGCAGCUUAUCCAGAUCACCUCCGCCUCUGUGAGGUUGGUCUCACAAGAACCCAAAGCUCUGGUCAGUGAAUGGAAGGAGCCUCAGGGCAGGAACAUCAGCGUGGCCUCCUGCAACAGCAGCCAGGUGGUGGUGGCCGUGGGGAGGGCCCUCUACUACCUGCAGAUCCACCCUCAGGAGCUGCGGCAGACCAGCCACACAGAGAUGGAACAUGAAGUGGCCUGCUUGGACAUCACCCCACUGGGGGACAGCAAUGGGCUGUCCCCUCUUUGUGCCAUUGGGCUCUGGACAGACAUCUCAGCUCGUAUCUUGAAACUGCCCUCCUUUGAACUGCUGCACAAGGAGAUGCUGGGUGGAGAGAUCAUUCCCCGCUCCAUCCUGAUGACCACCUUUGAGAGUAGCCACUACCUCCUCUGUGCCCUGGGAGAUGGGGCGCUUUUCUACUUUGGGCUCAGCAUCGAGACAGGCUUGUUGAGCGACCGUAAGAAAGUGACUCUGGGCACCCAGCCCACGGUAUUGAGGACUUUCCGUUCUCUUUCCACCACCAACGUCUUUGCUUGCUCUGACCGCCCCACUGUCAUCUACAGCAGCAACCACAAGUUGGUCUUCUCCAACGUCAACCUCAAGGAAGUGAACUACAUGUGUCCUCUCAACUCAGACGGCUAUCCCGACAGCCUGGCACUGGCCAACAACAGCACCCUCACCAUCGGCACCAUUGACGAGAUUCAGAAGCUGCACAUUCGCACCGUGCCGCUCUACGAGUCUCCCAGGAAGAUCUGCUAUCAGGAAGUGUCACAGUGCUUCGGGGUCCUCUCCAGCCGGAUUGAAGUCCAGGACACGAGUGGAGGCACGACAGCUCUGAGGCCAAGCGCCAGCACCCAGGCCCUGUCCAGCAGCGUCAGCUCCAGCAAGCUCUUCUCCAGCAGCACAGCUCCUCACGAGACCUCCUUUGGAGAAGAGGUGGAGGUGCACAACCUCCUCAUCAUUGACCAGCACACCUUCGAAGUGCUUCAUGCCCACCAGUUUCUGCAGAACGAGUAUGCCCUCAGCCUGGUGUCCUGCAAGUUGGGCAAAGACCCCAACACGUACUUCAUUGUGGGCACAGCCAUGGUGUAUCCUGAGGAGGCAGAGCCCAAGCAGGGGCGUAUCGUGGUCUUUCAGUAUUCGGAUGGAAAACUCCAGACUGUGGCUGAAAAGGAGGUGAAGGGAGCCGUGUACUCUAUGGUGGAAUUCAACGGCAAACUGUUAGCCAGCAUCAACAGCACGGUGCGGCUCUAUGAGUGGACAACAGAAAAGGAGCUCCGCACCGAGUGCAAUCACUACAACAACAUCAUGGCCCUCUACCUGAAGACCAAGGGUGACUUCAUCCUGGUGGGCGACCUGAUGCGCUCAGUGCUGCUGCUCGCCUAUAAGCCCAUGGAGGGCAACUUUGAGGAGAUUGCUCGAGACUUUAAUCCCAACUGGAUGAGUGCUGUGGAAAUCUUGGAUGAUGACAAUUUCCUGGGGGCUGAAAAUGCCUUUAACUUGUUUGUGUGUCAGAAGGACAGUGCUGCCACCACAGAUGAGGAGCGGCAACACCUUCAGGAGGUUGGUCUCUUCCAUCUGGGCGAGUUCGUCAACGUCUUUUGCCAUGGCUCUCUGGUUAUGCAGAAUCUGGGCGAGACUUCCACCCCGACCCAGGGCUCGGUGCUGUUCGGCACAGUCAAUGGCAUGAUCGGGCUGGUGACCUCUCUGUCAGAGAGCUGGUACAACCUCCUGUUGGACAUGCAGAAUCGACUCAACAAAGUCAUCAAAAGUGUGGGCAAGAUUGAGCACUCCUUCUGGAGAUCCUUUCAUACCGAGCGAAAGACAGAACCAGCCACUGGCUUCAUCGAUGGGGACUUGAUUGAGAGUUUCCUUGACAUCAGCCGGCCCAAGAUGCAGGAGGUUGUGGCAAACCUCCAGUAUGACGACGGCAGCGGCAUGAAGCGUGAGGCUACUGCAGAUGACCUGAUCAAGGUUGUGGAAGAGCUGACUCGGAUCCAUUAG